UAUCCAUACUAAACCUCCAUUGCCUUCGUCUUCUUCCUCAGUCGCCAACAAUGGCCUUGCCUAUGUCUGGCACGCGCCACCUCACGCGCUCCCUCCUGUCCAGUGCUACCUUAGUUGCUCCUCCUCGGACUCCUCACUCUGUCCACUGCAGUGGAUUAGGUUCCGGUCACGGUGGUGUUGAAACUCGGUUAGCUUGCUCGACCCGGUUUGUCUCAAACCGAUGCCGAGCUAACCGGUCAGGCUCCGCUUACUCUCCGCUUAAUUCCGGCUCCAACUUCAGUGAUCGGCCUCCGACGGAGAUGGCGCCUUUGUUUCCUGGAUGCGAUUACGAGCACUGGCUCAUUGUUAUGGAUAAACCUGGUGGCGAGAACGCCACGAAGCAGCAGAUGAUUGAUUGUUACAUCCAAACACUAGCCAAAGUCGUUGGAAGCGAGGAAGAGGCAAAGAAGCGAAUCUACAAUGUUUCGUGCGAGAGGUAUUUAGGGUUUGGCUGUGAGAUUGAUGAAGAGACAUCGACUAAGCUUGAAGGUUUGCCCGGUGUCCUGUUUGUGCUUCCAGAUUCUUAUGUUGAUCCUGAAUACAAAGAUUAUGGAGCUGAGCUGUUUGUUAAUGGAGAGAUAGUCCAACGAUCACCAGAGAGGCAGAGGCGAGUUGAGCCGCAGCCACAGAGAGCCCAAGAUAGACCAAGAUACAAUGACAGAACUCGCUACUCUCGCCGCAGAGAAAACACACGUUGAGCUGCGACUGAAGAAGUUAUACAUUCACCGUAUCGAAUCAAAGGAAAGGCUAGUAUUAUAGUGAUGAUAAUGUAUGUCAUGAUGAUGAUGAUGAUGAUGAUGAUGCCAGGCGAAGGGUCUUUGUUCACAGUCCUUUGCAGUUAAUCGACCAACUUUGGAUGUUGAAAUGCUAAAUUUUGAUUAUAUGUAACAUUUUAAUACUGUAAAUUUUCAAUUGUUUUAGGAAACACACUGUGUGCUUUAGUUGUUAAAGUUCGUUUUCCUUAGAGAAAAUAUUUGAAUUC